AUGGGAGGUUUAGUGCUACUGUGGACAUCUACAUCUGCACCUGGUGCGGUCUACGUUGCAAUACUCCUCCUUGUAUUAGGGAACGCUGGUCAAAGGCUUUCAGAGAGUUUUCUUGAGCAUCAGUUAAAAGACCACCUGGGUACAAUUUGUAUUAGGAUCUGUUCGUUCGUUCCAUCGCUGGUUGUAUAUAUGAUGACUGUUUAUAUUGCUUUUGAAAAAGAUGGAACUUACCAUGGCCGCUUCAGAUUUGCGGCAAUUUUCAUGUUAGGGACUUAUGUGUUCUUCCUGGUUGGUUCUGUGUGGUAUAGUGGCGAAGAAUUGUGUGAUGAAAGCAAUCUCCGCAAGAUCUACAGAAUCUGCAAAGCAGCUUUGGGGAAAGGGAAAUCAAAAUAUCCAACCUCACCGAAUUGUUAUUACUGGAAGGAUUAUAAGCAGGAUCAUUUGUAUGAUGAUGGUAAAGGAUUGAGGUUAAAGCCACGAGUUCCACGGAUGUUCAGGUGGUUGGACAAAGCAGCUAUUGUCGAAGCAGAAGAUCCUGAAGAAGUGAGUGCUGUACAAGAAAAGAAUGGGAAGUUAUGCACGGUACAAGAAGUGAGGGAAGUGAAAAGUCUUGUUCCUAUGAUCUACUUAGGACUUACCCUCUUUGGUUACAGUUUUCUUUUGGCUUCUGGGAACACUUUCUUUGUUGCACAAGCAAACAGUGCAAUAUCAGUUAUUACUGAUAUUGUUGGUAAUGAUAUCUUUCUUCUCUUUUUGUUCAAAGACGUCACGAAAAAUAUGUCACGAUUCAUCUACUUUCUUACACUAGAAUGCUUGACAAAAUUGAGAGUUAUGGAUAGUAUGUCCAGAAGAAAAGAAGCCACAAUUAUAAGGGUUGGUUUUGGCAUGCUUGGUGCGGUAAUUUGCUGCUUUAUAGCCUGGAAAAUUGAGGUUCGCAGAUUGUCAAAAGACACAAACACGACAGUGGCUUUAGUUCCACAAUUUAUUUUGUUAGGAAUGGCAGAGGGUCUUGUUGAUCGUGGGUUGCAGAACUUAUUCUAUGACCACGUGGCGAAAUCGAUGUGGAGUUUUGAAGAUUCCUUCAGUGAAUUGGUGAUUGGUACAGGCAAACUCCUCGUUAUACCAUUUGUCUUAAUUUUCGGUGACUGGUUCGACGAAUAUGUGGACAGUAGUCAUUUGGACAAGUACUUUUGGAUAUUGGGAACAGUGAACGCUGCUUUCCUUCUGGUUUAUGCAUACUAUUCCUUCAAAUAUGCACACAAGGAAGCAUGUCCAGAGGAUGAAAAAGUUAGCAUGGAGUUGGACCUCUUUCCUCAAUUAGACUUACAGGAUCCCAGUGAGGAAGAUAAUAACAUGGAAGCACAGCAGUUGGAAGAAGGUAACAAAGGGUAUUUACUCUCUAUGUCCAAUGUAUUUUAA